UUUACUUAUGAGCGGAUAUGUAUGCCUUUUUGGAUACGUAAUUUCCGCUAUUGCCGUCAUUUGUCUUUUCCUUCUAGUUGCCACAGGACAAUAACCGACACGUUGAGAUGUGUUUCGUCUAAAAUUUUUCUUUCUCCCGUUCCGUUGUAUAUACUAUUAAGAACUUAUACUCAUUUCAACCUCUUAAAGAAGAUAAUCUGGCAGCCUAAUCAGCACUCAGUAAAACUGCUGAUUUUUGCUAAAAAGGAAGAAGUCUUUUCCUUCUUCUUCGCUGACGACGUACGUGUAACGUGUGACGUGAAUUCUUUGCUACGUUUGUGAUACGCGAUUGUGAUUAUAAUCGCAGUAUUGCCAUGUAAAAAGCAUAAUAUAAAUUUAUUUUUGCAAACAAUCUACAUAGGAAAGACACACAUACACAACUGGAAUAUUGCGUAUAGCAAGCAUUCGCACAAAUGUUCAUGAUCUAAUAGUUUCUGUGAAGUAAGAAAAUUGUGUACAUAUAUAGGUGGGAUAUAUGCAAUAUAUGUAUAUUUAAAACGAGGAAAUAUAAAAACAAGGUGAUAUAAACUGCGGACUCAACAAAUCACAACAAAAAAAAUGACUGAUAAAUUUUAUGCAAUCGUGGAAUUCGAAGAUGGACUACAAGUUAUACCAAAUAAUUGGUUAAGUGGAGACUUAAAGAAAGCUUUUUGGCCAAAUUUUACAAACAACAAGCGGUAUGAUAAAGCAGUUAAAUUGAGGGAGGAGCCAGAAUAUACUUGGUUGGAGCAUCCUAUUCGAAAAAUAUAUGGAACAUUUCAAAACUAUGGAGUGGCAAGGAAAAAGUUAAAAGAUGCCGAAGAAUUAUCCGACAUUAACUCUGGCCCUGAUAUAGAAGAAAAUUUAAAAAGGUCGAGAAUUAGAGCCGCUAAAACUGUUGACGAAACAAGUAACGAUACUGAUGAAUCAUUAGACGAAAUGAUACAAGUCUCAGAAAUUCCAAAAUUUCCAAACAGGCAUUCGAUGACUGCAGAAACCAGUAAAACAUCAAAAAUUACAGAAAAUGCAUCAAAAAAUGUUAAUAAUUUGGAAAGCAAAUAUACAGCAACACAAAGAAGCAACAUAAAGAAAUUUGCAAACAUAAACACAAAAGAAAAAGGAAUAGAUGAUUCAUCUUUACAUUGCAAUAAAAAUUUGAUUGAUGCACCGGUAGAACAAUCGUUUGAUGAAACCGACGAUGAAGUUAAUGUACAAUUUCCAAUUCAACUAGAAAAUAAAACAUCGUCAAAUUUAUCAAUUCAUAAGCAAGCUCUGCAUUGCAAUGGAAAUGUGCUUGAUGCAUCCGCGGAACAAUUGUUUGAUGAAGUCGAUGAAGUUAAUGCAAACAUGCCAAUUCAAUUGAAAAACAAGGCAUCAUCAUCAAAUUCAUUGAUUAAUAAGCAAGAAUCUGACCCGUACGAACAAUUUGUCAUCCAUAAACUUAUAAGUUUAGAAUUAAAACUAAACUCUAUAGAAAGAUGUCAAAAACUUAUUCUAAAGAAAAUUUCAAUCGACACUUUUGAAGCCAAAGAAAAAGAAACAAUAGAUAUAUAUCAAGAUCUACCGUUAAAAACUGAAACUGAUUUACAAUCAAUGGAACACAAAUUAAAUAAUGAUUCAUUAUAUCGAAAUGAAAUGGUUAAACAAUUAGUCCAUGUUACAUGCCAGGAUCUGAGGACUUCUUGUAUACGUCUUAUGAAAAAAAUUUUUGCAAAUGAACUGGCCGUGAAUUAUAGUUGGUACGGAGCACAAAAGAAAGAAAAUUUUUCCAAAUUGCACAUAUGCAAAGUUAUUAUAAGUGCAGUAAGAAAAUUGCACAUUGAUGCUACAGAUGAACAUAUUUCAGCUCCAAUAAAAAUAUAGUUGGCUCAUGCCAAAGAGCGUAUGCAGAGACAAACAUUGAAUAGUGAAAAGGAUUAAACUAGUACUUUGUUGAGUUUUUCUUCUUUUCUUGAAUCUUUAUAAUUUAUAAUUUGUUUUGAGUUAUUGUUGAUAACGGUUAUAAUGAUGAUUAUCCGUCCUUUUUAUUUUAAGUAGUUAUUCUUUUAGAUUUAUUCAUUUUUCAAAUUUAAGU